ACCCUGAGAUCCUGAGCUGAACCAAAACCAGGAGUCAGACACGCAACUGACGGAGCCAUGCAGAUGCCCCACGUUUUCCGUGUCUUAACUGGAGAAGAAACAUCACUCAGACACAAAUGAUGUCACAAUGCACGAAUGGAAAAUAUCCUGCUGGGCAGUUUGUACGGAUGGACAGAUGGUGACUGGAAGAUUCGUAAAUUCCUCCCGGUUCAGAUACUCUGUUCCUCUAAAGAAAACACUCAUGGCCAGAGAUGUAGGUUCUGGAUUUCACCACGUAACUAAUCUUGAGUUCCCUGCAUCUCUACAAUUCCCUGAUCGUUCUGUGUCACCUCAAGUCUGAGGCCAGGUGGGGUCCUUUGGGAGCAGUUUCCCUGAGAGUCAAGAGGGGCAGACCUAACACCGUGAACUGCCCUUGGUCCCUGAGGUCUUGAAGGCCACUAGAUUCAGAACCUCUGUGUCGAGUCAGGCUCUUUCUCUGAGGUUUGAGACUUCCUCAGGGUAGGCAGAGCGGUACGGACCCUGGCAGCUCAGCCAGGAGUCACCCCCAGACUCUGGGUUCCAGGCUCGCUGCAAAGCCCGGAGGAGGUGCCAAGGGCCCCAGGGAGAGGUGCCCACCAUCAGCGGGGCCGUGCGACGGGCGGUACCACCCGGUGGUGCCUGUGGAGCAGUGUUAGAGAAAAGCUGCUUCCCACGGCAGUAAAACCACAGUUUUCCGCUACUGGCACAGGGGCUCCUGACAGGUGAAUUAGCAUCUACCCGGCUCAUGUCUGUUGGUAGCUUUCUCUGCAGAAAAUACUGAGAAGUUAAUAUCUUAUUGAUACAGAUUGUUUUAUAAAUCAUAUUAGGAAUCCGUCUGAAGGUGAACUGAUACCGGUCGGUCCACCCGGUGUGGUUACGUGCGCAUUUAUCUGACUUGUGCUGAGUUCGCACCCCAGGGGCUCUUCCUACACUGUUCACUCAGUCCCUUGCUGAGGGGGACUCUUGGGCAGAGGACAGUGUCACAGACCCGGCCAGGGAGCAGCGGGGAGCAGCGGGGAGCAGCGCCACGGGACAGACUCGGAUGCAAGGUCUGCUGAUGACUCCGUAGACUCACCUCACAAAGAUUGUGCCAUCUCUGGCCACAGCCCCGUCUGAUGACCCCCCACAGACUUCUCUGGGGCCCUCUCCUCCCUUCCUUGCAUGCAGCAAAGCCUCUCUCCAGGAGCGAAACCCUGCUCCUAACAUCCGCAGUGCUGCUCCUGUCCCAGCCCCCGCUCCUGUGGGAGAAGGUCUCACGCUUCGCGGAGGGCCCCAGAGCUGGGCAUGCUGCGUGGUGGGGAGAAGGCGUGUGCGCGACGCUGCCCCUGUCCCUUGUGGGCACGCUGAUUCUCCCUGCCGGGUCACUACAGAGAAUGCUGGGCGAAGCGGCAGGAGGGAGGGAGAUCCGAGGUCAAGGAGAAGUUUGGGGUCCUGGAUAUCAGCGUUGGAAUUCAGACUGAAUUCACACAGCACAAAACUUAGGCUUUUAAAAUGCACGGUUAAGUGGGUGUUACAUAUUCCGACUUGUGCAUCCACCACCGCAGUCAGUUUUAGGACAUUUUCAUCACCCAGAGGAGAAGCCCUGCGCCCCUUAGCUGUCACCACCUGGGCCCUUCUCCCCCCAAGCCCUUGACACCUGCCAGCUUGCUUUGCAUCUGCGGACGGGCCUGUGCUGGACACAUCACCCGCACGGAACCCUGUCAGAUGGGGUUCUGCCUGUCUGGACCGUCUGCCUCGUAGCCGUGUCAGAACUGUGUUUUUUUACGGCAGAAGGACGUCCGUGUCCGGAUACGCCACAUUGGCACUGUCCGGCUUUUACCGAGGACGCUGCUGCACACGCUCCCGCGCCGGUGUUCUGGAGGUGCGUCUCCUGUCCCUGGGGAGAUGCCUCACAGUGGAACUGCUGGGUCCCGGGCAAACUCUACGUUCAACGCUGGGAGAACUUCCGGACUGUUCCCCGCACUGGAGAGCACGUGCCCAGCCGCGGCGUGAGGGCGGCAGCUCGUCCACCCCCUCCGGCCCUGGCCCGUCUUGCGGACGACUGCAGAUCUGCGGGCGUGAAGCCGAGUCGCGCUGUGGUUUCCGUCCGCGUCUCCCUAGUGACUGAGGAUGCUGAGUGUCGUUCCGUGAGCUUAUGGCCAUUUGUGUCUUCUUUGGACAACUGUCCCUUCAAGUCUUUUGUCCCUUUGAAGUCGCUGUUUCGUGUCCGGACGCUGCUGGAGGCUACAGACACUGCUGGAGUCAAUGUACGUAAAACCGGGGACAUCCAGGGCAGCCUGAGGAGCCCAAGGACAGGGACUCGCCUGGCUCCCGACAAGCCUUGGAACUGGGUCGUGGAGGCUUUUGUCAGGACGGACCAGCGGGAGAGCGGGACAGGCUCCUUGCGUGUCUCUGUCCUUCGGGCAUCUGUCUGUCUCUCCUUGCCGUCUGGUGAGGAAGAGGAGUCCCGCAGACCAGAGCAUGUUGGACUCCUUGGGGGCCAAAUCCCCACGGCUGACGGGAGAGGGCACGGCCCCGCGGAGUCACGCAUCCGUCCUUUGUCCCUCAGCACGGGGAGUCUGCUGUCUUUGCGGGUCACAGCUUUACCGUCCCGGGCUCCAGUCUCGGCUGCACUGGAGCCGAACCGUCGCAUGACGGCAGGGCACAGACCCCACUGGGACCUCAGUUUACAGGCAGCAGGACCGGCACUGGCUUCGGGUCACAUUGUUCCUGAGAACAGGCCCUGGCUCUGAGGAACAGGAAGGAAGUGGCGUCCUUGAGAGGGGACGGGCUUCCUAUCAGAAGGUGAGACUGUCACCGAUCUUAACAUUCAGGAACACGCUGAGGACUGGAAACUGAGAGAGACCACCCACGACCCAGAGCCCGCCGUCCCAGAUCCUGGUCUGUGUACGAAUGUCCACCUUCUCAGCAGGUGUUGGCCGAGCGCCUGGCGUUGACCAGGCCCUCGUGGCGCCUGCGGUCCUGUCCCAGGCACCCGACGGAGGGCGCCCCUCUGCAGCCCACCAGCUCGCAGACGUGGUGGUCAGUCCACACCAGAAAACAAGAUCAUUCAGCUGAACAGGGAACAAAGCAAGGCUUGAACAAGCUUUGCCUGUCACAGAGUCCCUGUCUUUCUGUUCACUUCCUGCAGACCGUUCGCAGCACCCAAAAGUGGAGCGGGAGCUUUGUUAGCUUGUCCUGGUCAGGCUCGCAUCAGCGAUACCCUUCCUGCUCCCUCUCUUCCUCUCCCCAGAGCACCUGGAGGUAAAUCACAGACACAGUAAAGCUUGGUUUGUAAAUCUCGGCAUGGACGUUGUGAGAGGAGGGCUUUCUCCUGUACGGCGGCUCCCGCAGAUGGCCGGGCAACCCCUCCGUGUGUGUGCCUGUGUGCCAGCGGCCCCGGGGUCUCGGUCCACCCGCUCCUUGGGAGCGGGCCUCCAGUAAGGCCUGCACUCGGAUGCUGGGUGACCUGUGUCUUACACCUCUCAGUCUCUGUGUCUCUUGGGAUUUUUUAGUGGAAGAAACAUGGGCCUUCUGUCCCAGGGCUUUUGUCGCGCUCUGGAGUUUGCAGCUUACACCCCAUGUCCGUUUCCACACAUGGCCUGUCCCCUGGGCAAUCGUAAAUGUGUCUUUAGGUCCCGGGGAAGCCCCGUUCUCAGCUGGCUCUUGUGUAGGUCCUGGGGAUCCAGAAUGCAUGACAGGGAGUCGGGGAGACAAGAUGGAAAGAUACGAGAGAAAAGAAAAAGAAGUACAUUGCAAAGUGUCACCUCCCUGGCCACGGGCUGUGGCUGGAAGUCGUGUCCCCAAGGGCAGACAUCUGGUUCCCUGCCCCGGAAUGGCAGAGAGCUGUGUGUGGGUGGCGCAGGGACUGGACACUGGAAAAAGCAGCAGUAGAGCUGAAAGCUGUUCGGGGUCACGGGAUGCCCGAAGGCGUGGCUGUGGUCCAGGGAGCCGAGGCGAGGCACGCAGAUGGGUCUCAGAAGAAGCACCCCUGACGGGUGAUGGCCAAAGUAGGAAUGCAAGACUGAGGACCGCAUCUCCAGCCUUCAGCUUGUGGUCUGCUCUGUGAAGGCACAGCGAGAGACCCAGAAUCCGAGGGUUGGUCACCAGCUGCUGGGCGUCAGCCGGGUGGCCCAGAAGCCCUGAUCAGCUAUGCUGCCUGCCCAGGGUUCUGAGCAGCGGCCCAGAAGCUCUCCAGCAGGAUCCCCAAGAUGCCCAAGGCAGCGCGUGGCGGCCCCCAGCCAGCGGCGCCCCCUGCCCUCGCCUCAGGAGACGGUCCUUGGAAAGACGGGCACUUACUGGGCCAUGCCGCUUUAGGCAGGCGCAUUGCAGCAGAUCACACUUUGCAGAAGAAGGCAUCAAAAUUAGGGUGUGUGGAGUUUGAAAAUCUGGUGCGUUUCCUAUCACGGAAACAUAGGGCACUGAGCUGUCAGCAGGAGUGUGCACGAUGUCAGUGUCAUGGGAUUUACAGAAUCACUAUAUCUUUAAGAUGCCUGGACCAGUGGAGGAAACUUGAUGAAAGUCUCCACAUUGUGGGGGCAGUGCCCAAAGGAAACGCGACGAAAGAGUACAUGGAGAGCUUGCAGCUGAAGCCGGGGGAGGUCAUCUACAAGUGCCCCAAGUGCUGCUGCAUCAAGCCCGAGCGCGCCCACCACUGCAGUAUUUGCAAAAGAUGUAUUCGGAAGAUGGACCAUCACUGCCCGUGGGUGAACAACUGUGUAGGAGAAAAGAAUCAGAGGUUUUUUGUGCUCUUCACGAUGUACAUAGCUCUGUCCUCCGUCCACGCUCUCACCCUCUGUGGACUCCAGUUCGUUUCCUGUGUCCGAGGGCAGUGGACUGAGUGCAGUGACUUCUCACCCCCCGUGACUGUAAUCCUGUUGGUCUUCCUGUGCCUUGAGAGUCUUCUGUUUUUCACGUUCACUGCAGUCAUGUUUGGCACCCAGAUCCACUCCAUAUGCAACGACGAAACGGAGAUCGAGAGGCUGAAGAGCGAGAAGCCGACGUGGGAGCGAAGGUUGCGAUGGGAGGGGAUGCGGUCUGUCUUCGGGGGGCCCCCCUCACUCCUCUGGAUGAACCCCUUUGUUGGCUUCCGGUUUGGGCGGCUGCAGACCAGACCCAGGAAGGGGGGCCCAGAGUUCUCGGUCUGAGGCCUCAUCGUGCCGGGACUUGUCACCAGACUUAAGUUAUUUAUUUGGGGUCUGAAAGGGUAUGAGCAGCUCACCUGUGACCAUUAGGGCAGACGGAGCCUACACAGACCGGUUGCUUGCAGCAAGCAGAGUUUUCUAGAUUUAUAGUCACAGACCAGAUUUUUCCAGACCAGUGACGGGGUGACGCUCUGGCCAGUUUUUGCCUGUACGACUAACGAGAGGUACGUGGCCACGUGAAGAAGCCAAAUGUCAUUAUCUUCCUCACGGUUAGGGUUUUUGUUAAGAACACUUGGCGUUUUCUGAGAAGUCGCGUGGGCUGUUCCAUGGUGAUUAAAGUCCUGUGUACUAAGCUGCUUUUCUCAAUCAUGAAGAAAAAACAAAAGUCAAUCCAGUGACUGAGAUUUCUCCAGCUAACGGUGUCAGGGCGUUCCCGUCGACCCGGGGCUUCGUCAGUGCCCUCGCUCGAGCAAGAAGGGGCGCUUGCACAGAGACACACUGUGAUCUCCGUGAGCUCCGACACUUUGCACUGAAUACGCAGAAGAUCUGGGCACCGAACCGCGGCGGUGGCUUCAGGUUCGCUCGCACUGCCCCGGAAGCGCGUGCUUGGACCCUUUCGGCAAGUUUGUGCGUGUGUGCGCGUGCGCAUGUCUGUGCGCUUGUGCGUGUGUGUGCGUGUGCGCUUCAGCACUGGCAGUGUUGUCUAGGGGACGUGACCGGUACUAGCCGCGUGCAGCCAACAAGCUGUUUUUCAGAAGCCGACGUUUCAGGGAAGAGGAGAGAGCGGCCACGGGACCCUCGUCCCGCGGGCGUUCCUAUGAAUGUAUUGCAUUUUGGAGAAUAUCUUGAUCCAAAGAACAAUCACUCGUGUGUGGUCCUUCGUUGCCCACCUGCUUUAACUUUAUUUUGAAGAUCGUGGGUGCGUGAGGGCCUUGGAGCUGCCGUGGUUUUGUUCCAGCCAUGUCAGCAGAGUACGGACGGCACCUCAGUGAAGGGAACAGCCAAGGCUUGGGCCGGCCUCACCCUUUGUGCCGCCGGAUGUCGGUCUGGGUGCAGAGGAGGGCGGGCCCGGCCACGGGGACUCACAGAGAGAGUGAGUGGGGUGGGGGGGGCCCUCUGGGCCUCACUGAGCACGUGAGGGGACCCCCAGGCAGAUCCCCGGACUCUGAGCCUCACUCACUGUCCCAGAGUAUUCAGGAUGGCAACAGCUUUAUUUUUUGUAUCAUUUAUGUUUGUUUCUCUCUCCACGUCACGAGCGAUAAAACAGGCCCUUCUGUGCAGAGCUGAAAAUGCUGUCAGAAAGCAAACAGCUCCCCUCCUUGGGGACUCGCCUUAAACUUGCCUGGUCUGCGGCUGUUCUGUGGGACCCGUGAGGACGCGAGGUCCAGGGCGCUCCUACAGCCCCGCCUGCAGGCCGAGAAGAGUUGGUGUUUCAUUCCUGGCUCGGACGCCUUUCCGUUCAUCUGUGAACUGUUCCGUUUCUGUUUGGAAUUAAUCCGUAUCCUAUCCUAAUCAGGGCUUCUGCCGCUGCUGACGCAGAUCCACAGGGGGACCUACCUGAGACACAGCUGUCGCCAGGCGAGCAAAGCUGGGGGAUGUCUCGGCAACGGACCGAGUCUGCACACACGUGUGAGCCAUGGGGUAGGGCCGUGUCCCCGCCAGAGGGACGGGCCCGAGGGGGCCAGACACGACGCGCGUCCAGAGGUCGUGUUGCGUGUUCAUUUGCACAUGUGUUGUCUGGGGUGGACGUGUAUGUCCGGCUUCAGUGUGAGGCUUUUAACAUGUAUACCUGUUUAUCAAUAAAAACAUGGUCGAAGUGGUUGAACCCA